GGAAGCCUGGCGUGGUGCAGCCCAUGGAGUCACAAAGAGUUGGACUGAACAACAACUCAGACCUUGGGAAAGUGCAGCCAUGGAUGGACAGACGAGGGCAGGGUUGCCUAUUAGUGGAUCAGAGAGACAGCCUGAAGGGUCCUGAUAUUGCAGCAAAUAGUCUAUUUACCCUUCUGCAUAGACUUUUUCCAUGACAAUUGGCAUUCAGAACACAAUGAUACUAAAGCUAGCAAUUGCUGUUCUUUUAGAUUUUCAGGAUUUAACUUUUUCUCCUGGCUCUAAGAUGAGUAGAUACUUAAAUUACAAAAAAAAGUUGUUUGCCUUAAAAAAAAGGAGUGAAUGGUGAUUUAAAAGUGUGAGAGGAGGGGGAGGCCAAUGGAAAUGAAGAAAAUAGAGGGAGUGCCUGUCUAUCCACAUUGGCCAGGCCGGUGUCCAGAUUGGGGGUGCUUGCUGGGAGCUCUAUUGCCUGGAACACGGAAUCCAGCCAGAUGGUGUUGUUCCCGAUGGUGGUCAGGAUCCGCUGGCACCUGCUAAAACAGAGCCCAUGGGUGCAUCUUUCGAUUCCUUCUUUUGUGAGACCAGAGCUGGGAAGUAUGUGCCCAGAGCACUCUUCAUGGACCUGGAGCCUACUGUCAUAGACGAGGUGCGUGCAGGCAGCUACCGCUCACUCUUCCACUCUGAGCAGCUCGUCAGUGGAAAAGAAGAUGCUGCAAACAACUACGCCCGAGGUCGCUACUCUGUGGGGCCAGAGAUCCUCGACCUGGUGCUGGAGAGGAUCCGCAAGCUGGCGGAACACUGCAGUGGGCUUCAGGGGUUUCUGAUCUUCCGAAGCUUUGGAGGAGGCACUGGGUCGGGAUUUACGUCUCUCUUGUUGGAGCAGCUCUCCGAAGAAUACAGUGGCAAGACUAAAUUGGAGUUCUCCGUCUAUCCAGCCCCCAGGAUCUCAACCGCUGUAGUGGAGCCUUACAACUCCAUCCUCACCACCCACCCCACCAUAGAGUACGUGGACUGUACCUUCCUGGUGGACAACGAGGCCAUCUACAACAUCUGUCAUGGCAAACUUGACCUUGAACGCCCCUCUUAUGCCAGCAUCAACAGGCUGAUCAGCCAGGCAGCAUCUUCCAUCACUGCCUCCCUCCGGUUUGAAGGCAUCCUGAACGUGGACCUGAUCGAAUUCCAGACCAAUCUGGUGCCUUACCCGCGGAUACACUUCCCAGUGACCAGCUUCGCCCCCAUCCUGUCUGCUGAUAGCAACCACCACAAGGAGCCGUCUGUGUUGGACAUCACAGCUGCAUGCUUUGAGCCCUCCCACCAGCUAGUCAGGUGUGACCCUCGCCUGGGGAAGUACGUGGCCUGCUGCCUGCUCUACAGAGGGGAUGUGGUCCCCAAGGAGGUGAACGCGGCGAUUGCAGCCACAAAGUCCAGGAACUCUGUUCAGUUUGUAGACUGGUGUCCGACUGGAUUCAAGGUGGGCAUCAACGAUCGACCCCUCCGGGAGGUGCCAGGAGGGGACCUGGCUGAGGUCCAGCGGGCAGUCUGUAUGCUGAGCAACAACACGGCGGUUGCAGAGGCCUGGGCCCGUCUGGGCCACAAGUUUGAUCUCAUGUUUGCUAAGAGGGCAUUUCUGCACUGGUACAUCAGGGAGGGCAUGGAGGAAGGCGAGUUUGCAGAGGCCAGGGAGGACUUGGCGGUCCUGGAGAAGGAUUACGAGGAAAUGGGGAGAAGUCUCUGAUGCAGAUCUGACCGGUAACAAUGAAUGCUGAGUUGAAGUGUCGUGCUUUAUGUUUCAAGGCUAGAGUUCCCUUCAUGAGAAGAAAAAGGAAAUUAAGUCAAGCAAGACCCCAAGUUCCAUGCUCAAUCAAAUGGGGGUCAACAUUAACAGUAAGCCUGGACUUCCCUGGUAGUCCAGUGGUUACGAAUCCACCAGCCAAUGCAGGGGACACAGGUUUGAUCCCUAAUCUGGGAAGAUCCCACAUGUCGUGGAAAAUAAAUGAUUAAACAAAUAAAAUACCAACAACGUACCACUUUGACUGUUUUCAGCUCACACUGUUGUUACCACAGAGGACAAUGACUGCAAUUUGGUGGAAAUGAUGUUUAUAAACACACUUUUCACUGUGUUCUCACACACUCCAAUCAAGCUAGACAGCUUGCCCCUUCCCACGUUUUUCUCUUUCUUGACUGCUUCUCUUUCUCUGUUUUUCUCUCUCUCCUCUCUCACUCUUUCUUCUCCCUGCUUUCUCUUUUCUUUCCCUCUAUGACUGUGGGGUAUAAUUCCAACUUCGAACCCAGUUCAGGUGUCACCUAUUGCAUGUAGCCUGUUUGGAAUUCACUUACUUUAACCCAGAAUACAGGGAGAGUGAAGGUACACUGUGAAGUUUCCCACUGUGUUGAAAAUACUCACUCAUAAAAUAUAUUUUUUCAUGUAAAUAUCGUAUAUAGUAAUUUGAACUUUUAUUAGGCUGGUUCCAAAUUGGGAAAGGAGUACGUCAAGGCUGUAUAUUGUCAUCCUGCUUAUUUAACUUAUAUGCAGACUACAUCAUGCAAAAUGCUGGCCUGCAUGAAGCACAAGCUGUA